AUGCCCACAAACAACAAUCAUUUCAAGACGAAAAUGUGCAGAGAAACAGCCUCUGGGGAAGUUUGUGGAAGAGGAGAUUCUUGUGGCUUUGCCCAUUCACCCCACGAAUUGAGAAGAGAUGGCCCGCCACCACUCAUUGCGAGGGGAAUGAAUGGUCCACCACCUUCACUACAAAAUAUACCGAUGAACGGAUUUCCAUAUCAAAAUCAACAACAUCAUCUCAUUACGGAAAUGCAAGGCAUGACAAUGAAUCCGAUGCUUCCGGCAGCUCCAUUUGUUCAAAUUCCCACUCAACCACCACCAAUGUCUCAGCAAGAACCCCCAAUGAUGUCAAUGAUAAUGCAAAUGGGUGCUCCUGGUGUACCAAUUCCGAUCGACAGAACCAUCCCACUUGGCCCGGCAAUUCCACCACCAAUUGUCCUGAUGCAACCACCACCCCUUUGGAACGGACGAGUCCCUCCAUCACAACCACCACCACCGCCCGGCACUCAUCUCAUCCUCCCGCAAAUAACACAACAAAUACCGUGGAUACAGCAAGUACCGAUGGCUGAAUACCCGCCCAAUGCUCCGACUCCGGGUCUUUACUGGUCAGGCCCUUCACAAAUCCAAGUCCUCUCCCCACAACCGAUAAACUUUGUUCAAACAAUCCCGAUGAUGAUCCCUCCACCAAUGGAUCACUCGUUUGAAAAGACUUCAGGCGAUGAAACAGAAUUGCUGCAUUUGAAAAGGAUUGAGAUUUUGAACCGACUUGCCCCAUUGUCAUCGUUGGAUGAAGAAGGGGAAGAGGGUGAUGGAAGAGGGCACGUAUCUUACACUGUAGCCAGCAGUGUUCUUGAUGAUUCUCAUCGACAUCCGUCAUUCAUCGGAAUCAUUCCUAUAAACAAUGGAAAUGUCUCGUUGGAUCUCCCAUCUGUCCCCUGCAAUGUUUUCUCGUGUAACACUGAGGGAGAUUUGCCAAACUUCAUACCAACUCUGAGAAUCCCACCGGGAGGUUCCCCAAUCAUGGCCACUGUGCAAGCGGAUUGCUCAAGUAUGACAGUGAAAGACGCGAUUCGACAACCGAUCACUGCUAGCAUGAUUACGCCUCAUGUUACUAUUACUUCUCCAUUACCACCCUCAGCCAAUCCAAUCCAACAACUGCCAACUCGUAUCAUUCGGCCGAUCGAAAUCCCGAUGAUUGCUGGAGGUGCACAGCAUUUCGUUUCGCAGACUCUCGAUAAAAUUGUCGAUGUCAAGGAGCGAUUAAUUGAAGUUAGUGGACCGUCGUCAUCAGUGGAAAGCGAGCAGUUGAGAGUGGAAUUGUUGAUAGCUGAUCGACAAAUGGAGGCUCUCGAUCCGCACACACAACAAACGUGUCUUUUGAUUGAGUUGGAGGAGGUUGAGAGAAAGAUCGGGGAGCUUGGAGGGAAUCAUCCACCACCAUUCACACCAGCGAAUGUGAUUUUCAAGAACGAAAGAUGUAUUGAGCCAAAAGCUACAACAAAGGCGAUCACAAAACCUCACCAU